AUGUCUGCAAUUGGUCCUUUCCCGCACCCAGCAGAGGGCAAGAAGCCCGCCGCGCCGCCCGUCCUCACCGCUGAUCAGCAGAAAAAGUACGACGAGCUCCUCACGACCGUAAAGGCAUGGACCACGCUCCCGAAGACGUCUGCCAAGGGUGCAGAAGAGGAGGCACUUUCAGAUCCGGAGCGCAUGUGGCUCACCCGUGAAUGUCUCCUCCGAUACCUCCGCGCAACGAAAUGGAACCUUCCGCAAGCAACCCAGCGUCUGCGAGAUACUGUCAUCUGGCGGAGGGAAUAUGGAACAGAUAAAUUCACUGCUGAAUACAUCUCCGAGGAGAAUGCAACAGGCAAGCAAGUGACCCUAGGCUACGACAACGAAGGCAGGCCGUGCCUAUACCUUCUGCCAAACAAGCAGAACACGAAAAAUAGCCCCAAGCAGGUCGAACACUUGGUGUACAUGCUCGAGCGGACACUGGACAUUGCACCACCGGGGCAGGAGACGUUGGCGCUUUUGAUUGAUUUCCGGAACAGCAGUGCUGGAAGCCAACCUAGCAUUGCGACGGGAAGACAAGUUUUGAGUAUUCUGCAGAACCACUACCCAGAGAGGCUGGGAAGGGCCUUGAUUACGCACUUGCCCUGGUACAUCACCGCCUUCCUCAAGCUCCUCUCCCCCUUCAUCGAUCCCGUUACAAAGACCAAGAUGCGCUACAACGAGCCCCUCAACGACCAUAUUCCCGCCUCUCAACUCAUGAAGAACGCCGGCGGCGAGGUCGACUUCCAGUACGAUCAUAGCGUAUACUGGCCCGCCCUUGCCAAGCUGGCCGAAGACCGUCGGAGGGAGCGAACCGAACGGUGGGAGAAGGCCGGCAAGAUUGUCGGCGAGAGCGAGAUAUAUCUGUGGGGCGGUGAGGAAGGAAGCCUCGCGGCACCGCCAACAGCGACUGCGACUGCGGAGGCGCCGCAGCCGAGCGCUGAGACUGCAGUCGCUGCCUAG